GGGCUUAGGCGUUGCCGUUUAACAACGCUGUGACAAAAAGUGUAUCACAGAGCAAAGGUUACCGCUUUACGCUAUCGUGGAAACGCUAACAAUUGCCGUUUAUUUGCUUUAUAAAUUAUUUCGAGCAUUUUUUUUUACAUUGCAACAAAAUUUAUGUGGUCAGGACAAUAAAGAGCUUUACGCUGAGGGUGGCACACACCAAUAUUGUUUUUAUUCUGCAGCUGCGCAUGCAAUACCCCGCGUGAAACAGUUAAGCGUUAGAUUUGUCCAAAUCUUGAUCAACUCACCGACAAUCCAAAUGAUUUUAUAGAUCAAACGCGUGAUGACAAAAUCGCCUGACACUCCAGCACCCUGCCCGGGUAUGGGUGACCACCACAACCAUUCAGAGGAACAUGUGGGGCAACUCUGGGGACGCGUGCCUGUUCCAGAACUGGUGGUAACAUGUGAGCCGUGUGGCACCCAGCAUGACCCCCACGGACGAUCUCAUCAUCCCGACGAUGAAUCCAUCUGCUCGGACAGCGGACUCAGUGGCUCUCCCGCCUCGUCUCUUGCCCUGCGGAAGCUUUCCAACGCUUCGUCCAUAGGUCUAUCACCCGCUUCGUCUUUUGAGGACUGUGAAGAGGAGUUCAUGGGUUACGGUGAUUAUAAUCAGACGCGGGACGGCGGACUGUGUCCUGGUGAACCGAUCACGACUGAUUCAUGGAAAAAGUCAAAGAUUAUGGUGAACUGGUCGCCCUCUUCAGUGCCAGUGAAGAAACGCUCGCCCUGGGUGCAGGUGGUCGGCCAUGCAGGAAACUUUCAGACAGACAGUGAUGGACGACUGCUGAAGAAGUACUGUGAGUGUGAGCAGCUGUGUUUUUUGCAACUCAUGAGCGAUUCACUGCGGCCGUUUGUUCCUACAUAUUACGGCGUGACUCAGCGCGAUGAGCAGGAUUACAACCUCAUGGAUGACCUGCUCGCUGACUUUGAUUCUCCCUGCAUCAUGGACUGCAAAAUGGGAAGCCGGACGUACCUGGAGGAGGAAUUGAAAAAGGCCAGGGAGAGUCCUCAGCCACGCAAGGACAUGUAUGAAAAAAUGAUAGCCGUGGACCCAAACGCCCCUAGUGCUGAAGAGCGAGCCCGGCAGGCAGUCCUCAAAACCAGAUACAUGCAAUGGAGAGAAACCCUGAGCUCAACGGCCACGCUGGGUUUUCGCAUUGAGGGUAUUAAGAAAUCAGAUGGCAAUUGUAACACCAACUUUAAGAGAACAAAGUACAAGGAUGAGGUGGUCCAAGCCCUGGAGGACUUUGUGGACAAUAAUAUGCUAAUCUUGAAAAGCUACCAACAAAGGUUAAAGGAACUACGAACUGUGUUGGAAAACUCUGAUUUCUUCAAAGCACAUGAGGUGGUGGGCAGCUCAUUGUUAUUCGUCCAUGACCAGACUGGCAAGGCUGGAAUCUGGAUGAUAGAUUUUGGAAAGACUGUGCCCAUGACAAGUCCUCUAACCCUGGACCAUCGCACCCCAUGGGUGGAGGGCAAUAGAGAAGAUGGGUACCUCUGGGGUCUUGACAAUUUUAUUGACAUUCUGAGCAACAUGAUCCAAGAAAACUGAUGGGCGAUAUCAUUUUCAAAAUGGUCAUUUUAUGGAAGACUACAUCUGGGAUGAAUAGGGUAAAGAUAAUACAGAUGUACAGAAUGACAUGGACAUUUAUUACAAAUCCAAAUGACUAACCAACACAUGAAUUUACCUUGCUGAUGUUGUAUACCUUUCACUACAUAGUUGUUUUCACACCUGUGGAUUUUACACUGUAAAUUGUUUUUUAUUUAAAGCAGUUUGCUUUUAUAUAUAUUGGUUUGAGGUAAAUGAUUAGCUUAAUUUUAUAAAGUUUAAUCUUGCACAUGAAAAUCAUUGCAGUUGUUUGACUUACAUGAGGAGUGCUGGAAGGUCAAAGUCUGUGACGUUUUCCUACAUCUUAAUUUUGUGACCAAAUGAAACUGAUUUGUUAAGUAUGAACUGAAUCGAGUGUUUACUAAUCUGAGCUGAAUCAAGGCAAAUCUGAAGUGCAAACACACCUCAUGCACAACAUCUCAGUACUUCUUCGUUCUGUGUUUUAGUCAGGGCUGUUUUAAUGCUGAUACGCAAAACUCUCACAGUCAUGACAAUGUAAUGUUUUAUUAUCUGUUGAUGAUGUCUGUAAACACUGUUUUAAAUCACACUGCACACGGGGUUAAACUGAUUUUAUUGCGCACAUUCCUACGUUGUGUGACAUUUGCAUGCAAGCAAGAAUUGAUUGCUAAAGGUACUGUAUAAUAUUUACAAUUCUUGCUAAACCUGCUAAACAAACCCUGCAGAAAAUUGAAGGUUGCCAAUGCACAUGUUUGACAUCAGAACGGUACACAGUCGGUACUCGUAUGCACUAUAAAGUUUGCACUGGUAAUUUCUCUCACUUCAUUGAUGUUUUGUACUGUAUACUAGUUGCGUAAUAUGACAUGACUGUGAUCAUAAUCAUUUUGGGAGCUUUGUCUUGUUAGCUUUAGUUAAGGAUUUUUGCAAUUCUGAUUACUAGAUCGCUAUGAUAACAUGAGAUUUUUUCCGUGCUGGAUCAUUUUGUAAAUGUUUUACUUGCUGUCAGCACAAUAAAUAUGAACAUUUUGUUAA